AUGGAUUCCGAAGAAGAAAGUGAUGAUGACUACGAAGACUACGACAAUGACGUUUCCGAAGUUGCUGAUUAUUUUGGUGAAGGUUAUUAUGAUGAUGGUGUUGGUUAUGAUGAUGGUUUUGGUUAUGAUGAUGGUGAAGAUGUCUUUGAAUCAAAUAUGGACACCAAAUUCGAUCCAAGUAAUAAUAAUAAUAUCUUGGGAAAUCGCAACCACCACAACCAAAACAAUAGCCUUGGCAGUAAUAGUAAUAGAAGUAGAUUUGAUUCUAAUGCUGAUCAUGGUUUUGAUAGUGCAGAAUUUCAACAAUCAAUUCUAAAUAGCAUUUUGAAUACCAAAUUCGAUAAUAAUAAUAAUAAUUAUAAUAAUAAUAAUAAUAAUGGCAUGGAUAUUGAUUAUGAAAUGGAAUUAGAUGACAAUGAAUUUGUUGAGGAGGGAAAUAGAAUGAGUAGGGAGUAUUAUUGGUACGAAGCUUUUAGUCUAAAUGGAGAGUAUAGAUCCUUGCGAAUGGAUGGUGAUGAAGAGAAAAAGGGGACUCUAGACAAUAUUGCCCAAAGAAAAAAUGAAUGUGGAGCAAGAAUGAUUACUGGAAAGACGGCUAUUACCAAACGCAAGAAGGUUGUACAAAAGUACAAAUAUUGCAAGAUAUGCUCAUCAGAGCUUAAAUCGAGUAGAUUGAAUCCUCGGGUAGUAUGGGAUCAAUACUGUUGCGGUGAUUGUGCAGAAAAAGGUGGAAGAAUGGGGAGACAAGAAUUUAAUCGUGAAAUGAAUAAUAAAUAA